UAAAGAGAAGAAUGUUUCUUUCCCAAAAGGAUUUUUUGCAAGCCAAAGGCACAACCCUUAGCAGUGUGAAGCUUGUGUUGAUUUUUGAACUAUUAGCAAAUGCUGCUUGCUCAAAUUCACUCCCGGCCCCUGCUAUCAGCCUGGCUCCGAAGAUGCGAUCCCAGGUGCUGAAGCGCACUGUGGAUAUUCUGUGCCAGUCUCCGCCAGGCCAUACCGGAAGCACGUUCCUGCUGUACAAAGAGCGCCAGCUCAUUGACUCCAGGACCUUCAGUCCUGAGCAAAGCCUGGCCCAGUUCACUCUGAGGGGCAUCACCACGCAGAACCUGACAAUCUACUGCUGCCAGUACCAAUCCCAGCAGUCUGGGGUGCCGAUUUACAGCAUCAUGAGCCAGUACCUCUCCCUCAUGGAGGAAGCUCCCUCUGUCCUCCCGAAGCCCUUGAUGUCUGUGGACCCUCCUGGAGGCUCUGUGUUGGUUGGGCAGACCCUGUCGUUCCGUUGCACCGCGUCCCAAGCCCCACGGCAGCCUGAAGCCUUCCUGCUGCUGAAGGAUGGGAGGGUUUUCUUCCGCCAUGCUGCCCCCGCUGGCUUGGAGGAGUCAUUCACCCUGAAGCCGGUGCAGGGCAAGGAGGGGGGCUUUUACAGCUGUGUGUACCAGGCCCGCCUGCCAUCCCAGGACAUUGUGAACUCCACUGCCAGCGACCCCGUCUACAUCACUGUGUCAGACUCCCUGGCGGCUCCCUCCCUUGUCCGUCUGCCCUCAGCAAUGCAGAGCGCCAGCAGCGUGACCGUCAAGUGUGUGGGGUCGCCCUCCUACCCCGGCGCCCUGUUCAACCUGUACCGCCUGGGAGCCGCCCACCCCCUGAGCUCCCUACGCGCCACCGCCGCCCAGCACGGCGUCCGCUUCAUCCUGCCCGACCCGACCGGGGAGUACCAGUGUCAGUACGCCGUGAACCUGGGCCAGGAGUGGAGGGAGUCCGCCCGCAGUCUGCCCAUCCUCAUCGACCCUCCAGGACACAGUGUUCCCACUGAACCAAGCACCCCUGCUUCCCACAUAGACUGGGCACUGGUUGCCGGCUCAGUAUCUGCUGGAGUCCUCUUUGUUGCCAUCCUGGCCAUACUGGUCUUCCUGCUGCACCGGAAAGUGAAAUUGCACACCGAGAAGAAGAGAAAGAGGGAGGAAGCACUGCUAUGGAAUUCUUUACACAACAUGGAUAACAUCAUUGACUUCUCUUUAAGAGAUCGCUGCACUCCGGCACAGGACGGGGGAGCAGAAGCCAUAGCCCAUGGGGACCAAAUACUGGGGAACCCCCCACAUGGCACCACCAGGCAUAGAACCUCCUCACUUUCAUUCUCGGGGCCCCAGGCCUUCACCACCUUCAAGAGCCCAAUCCCCUGACAAAGGUCCUGCCCAGGACACAAGCAAGCAUGUGGACUGAAUGGACUAGAGACUGCCCUCUUGUGGCUGUCUGCAGCAGCACAGCCGUCACCGCUCUGACUUGUAUCUUCUCCAAUGGGCAACACCUGCCCAGGUCUUAUGUGAGCACGAUUUCAACGGUGUUUAAAACAUGAUGUUCCAUGAGAGUUGUCAUACUCACUGCUCCCGUAAAAACAUGAUCUAAAUACAGAUCUUGCUCCUCUGUACAUGAAACAGAUGGCCUGGCUAGUCUAUGGGUUGCACAAAUGCAAAAGAGACUUUCUCCUGUCCUGGUUCGUACUAGAUUAAAGGAAAUGUCUUUAGUUACUGAAGUUUAGGAUUUCAAUCAUGGAGCUCCUGUCUGACUAGAGGGAGGACCCUAAGAUUACCUUGAAUAGCUUUGGACACAGAUAUCUUGACUUCUUAACUUUGUGCCCAGUUUCCCUGACAGGAAAAUAAAGCACCACCUCUGUCAAAGACUACUCUAGGCGACUCGUUUCAGAUCGGGAUGAACCAGUAUUGUUCUGUUAAGAGCAAACCUGGCUGUCUUCGUCCUUGGAUUGAGACAGCAGGACAGUGUGUGUGCAUCACUUGAAAUAGAUUCAAAAUCUGAAAGCUUUGUCUUAGACCAUGCACUUCUUUGUGCACUAAAAAAAUAAUGUGAAAGAAAUGAACUGAGCCACAGAGGAGCUGUUUUUAAUUCAUAUCAUCUGUGAAACUUGGAAGGUCUUCCUCAAAGUGUGUUUUUUUGCUUGUUUGUAACAGAACUUGUGAAAUAUCUGCUGUAAUGAUUUUGUAAUCAAGCAUUGUUAACCUCAGAAUCUAGAAAAAACAAAAAACAAAAAUGAGGUUGUUUAACCUGUACCAGAUGCACUGUGAUAAAUAUUAUACUUAAUGUUUUCUUCUUUUUAUCAUUUUCUGGUCUGUUCUGUACGUCUGUAAUAGAAAUGUUGUAAUGAAACUAUUUCAUUUCUAAAAAUAGAGUAAAAUGAAUUUAUGUUUAAGAAAGUCUUAAAACAGUGGAAUUAGCACAGUGUAGCUUUUUAACUAGAAAUUGUCAUUUGCAUUAAUUUAUAGUACUUCAAAAAUAAGCAUUUAAAAAAACUGGACACCUAAAUGUGACCUGUGGCAAUAUACUGUAUGUUUUCAAUGGAUUCAUAAUGUUGUUAUAGACUUGUGUAGAAAUCUUUUCAAGACCUUUAUAAAAUGUUGUGUGUACAAUCCA